AUGGUUUCUGCUAUCCUCAUGAAAGAGAUGGAUAUGAGGGAGCGCAGAGAAUACUCUCCAUGUGAUGAAACUAAGCCUGCAUGCUCCAAAUGCAUCCUUCAUGCUGUUGAGUGCGACUUCCUCUCGACAAUAGCUGAAUCAUCAGCUUCAUCCUCUGCAGCACCAUCCCCAUACAAACCUUUGAAUGCACAAUUUCGAUUCAAGCCUUCUAAAUACCAAUCUGCAAAUGACAAGCCCAAUGAUGAAACAGGCCAGCCAUCCUCGCAGACAGUCUCCACGGAAGUCCCAUUUAAAAGCUCCAACUCCAGCGUCCUACCACAGACUCAGGAUACCAUCUCAUUCGCCGACCUACGACUCUUCCACCACUUUGUUACAGAGACAUACUGCACCCUAACAGACGAAGCAACCGAUCACAAUCGAGUUUGGCGAACUCACCUUCCACAAUGGGGAUUCUCCUCGCCGUCCAUCUUCCACCUCAUAUUGGCGCUAGCAGCCCUACAUCUUGGCCAUCUCCACCCCGAGGCACGAGACCAGUAUGUGAUGCAGGCAGAUAGCCACUUCACGUUUGGCAUUCGAUCUGUGUCGGCUAUUCUAUCGAGUCUUAACUCGGAGAACUGCCAGUCUAUCUACAUGUCGACAGCGCUAGUAUGCUUUGUCUAUUUCGCACACGGUCCAAAACCUGGUGAAUACCUUGUGUUCAGUGAGACGGGGAAGGCGGAGUGGCUGGUUCUUAUGAGGGGAGUGAAAUCGAUUUUGAUGUCCAGCCAUGACAGAAUCUUUACCGGGGUCUUGCAGGUUCAAACUGAUCCUGCUAUUCAGGGCGUCAGCCCCUUGUUACAAGAUGAGCUUCGAAAACAUCAGUCUCAUAUCAAAGCACUUCAACAUUUUAUCGAAACGCAAACUGGCGGAAAUUCUACGUCUCAGAUCUAUAUCGAUGCAAUUGAAAACUUGCUCGAAAUGUUUGAGGAAGCAUACCAGUCUCGAAGCACUGAGAAGGAUAGUGUUAACUUGAUGCCCUUUCUCGUUGGAUGGAUAUACAGGCGGCCUGAGGAUUUCAUUGGUCUCCUUGAGGAGAAAGAGCCAUUUUCAUUGAUUAUUCUUGCUUAUUGGUGUAUUCUUUUAAAGUUCAUGAGAUCCUCGUGGCUUAUGAUCGCUUGGGAUCGACAUGUUAUCGCAGGAAUUCGACAGUCUCUAGGACUUGAAUUCCACCAAUGGAUUGAGUGGCCUGUGAGUGUUAUUUGCGAUUGA